AUGCACUACCAUAAAGGCAACAGCUAUCAGGAUUUGUGCUACGACAGCUCGGUCUGUGGCGAGAAGGGCUGGACAUGGCACGGUUCCACAGGGUGCUGCCACGAAAGUCCCGUGGGCACCACAGAUGUGCCCCCAUGCCAUGACCCCGGCAGCCUCAGCCGCGACAUUGAGGGGUCCUGCCAGAGCCAACCGCAAGGCUGCCAGCCCAUGGAGCCAUGCCCACCCCAGAGCUGCUGCCCACCACAGCAAAGCUGUAAUUUCGGGAAGCCCCGGCGGCGGGUGGAGGUGAGCCACGUGCAGCCCGUCUGCCCCCCACCCAUGAAAAUCCAUCGCCGGCCGCUGCAGCAGUACCGCCCACCCCUGCACUGCGAGGAGCCGGAGUGCUGCAGCAAGCCCCGGCGGCGAGUGGAGCAGUGCCCCGUGGAGGAUGCUUGUCCCCCCGUGAUAGUGCAUCCCCGGCCGCUGCAGCAUCGCUGUCCCUGCAUCCAGCACUGCCGUCCGCCCAUCCAGCACUGCCACCCACCCAUCCAGCACUGCUGCCCGCCCAUCCAGCACUGCCGCCCAGCCGCCGUGCCCCUGCAUCCCAGCCAGCACCAGCAAAAACAGGUUCCUCUCUUGCCACCCUGUCUGCAGAAGAAAUGA